AGUCACUUACAAUAGCGGAUCGCAAUUGGCAAAAAGUAGAAUCGGAAAAAAAUAAUAAAAAAAAAUUUGAAAUCAAAACAAAAUGAGAGUUUCUAUAAUUUUCCUGGCCAUAUUGGCUGUUGGGGUUCAGCUCUCCCUGGGUUUGGAAACUUCCCUGCUUUCCAGGAAUUUCCAAAAAGAUUUCCUCCAAGAGCUGCAACGUGUCAUGAAACGCUCUGCCCUACAGGCCAUGAAUAAAUAUCUGCGCGACAUAAAACCAACCGCCAGCCAGAUGAAGGAUGACACCCAUCAGCAUGCCUGGUCCGUGGCCAUGAACUCCAAAAAAUUAGGCACCAAAGUGGUCUUUCUCAAACAAUGGUUUGAUCUGACCGAACAUCGUGAUGCCAAUCGUGACACCAUCUAUGGCCUAAGGAAUGUCCUGUUCCUUGAAAAAUUGAAAAAUAAAAUUGAGGCUCUGCAGGAGGAGAGUUUUGAGGAGAUGCACAAUCUACGCUACUACUACAUCUGUAAACAGUACAAUGUGAAUGGCAGCAAACCGGAGGAGCACCGCGAGAAGCCUCAUCACAAUUUCUAUUCACCCCAUGUCCAGCUGGCUCCCCUCAACGAAGAGACCGUGGCCAAUGCCCUCGAAAAAUUGGGUCUCAAGGAAAAUCUCACCGUCUCCAUCAAUGUUAAGGAGUUCGGCGAGCAGCUGUAUCACAAGGUCAAUCACACCGGUGCCGAACUCAUCGAUGAUUAUCUCGUGGUUAUUGGCAAACUGCUCCAAGAAGUCCUCGAGAGCAAGGAGGAAACCUCGGCCAGCCACAAUGAGGCCUUGGAAAAGAUACUCACCGAAAUUGGCCAUCUGCUCAACACCACCGAUCUCUACAGCAAACGCCAGCGUCUCUACGAUUAUCUCCAAAAUCACAUGUCCAUGGAUGUGGAAGAAUUCCAAAACACCGAAACCUCGCAACAGGAUUUGACGGCCAUUUUCGAAAAACUCAAACAAAAGGGCUUGGAUCUCAUUGUGGCCUUCCUCUUCAGCAAUUUCGAAUUCAUCGACUACACCCAUGCCGAGUGGUCGGCCAUGCUACCACCCGCACCCAUGUCCCUGCUCAAUGCCACCGAUGGCUCCCGCCAACUCAUGGAGAUCCAGCAUUUGUACGAUGAGUUCAAAAAGGAUUUUGAAAACGCAUCCAAAUACGAUGCCUAUUUGGAGGCUGUGCGGCAGCUGCACGAACGAAGCCAAAAGGAAAAUGCUGAUAGCACGCAUAUUUAUGAGAUGCUCUACAGUGCCGCACAGAAUGUGGGCAGCACCCGGGUUCUGCUGAUGGAUGAGAAAUGCAAAGAGGUUUAGUUAAGGAAUGAAUUGAUGAUCCAGUGAGGGUGGGGUGGGGCUGAAGAGGGGGAAGGGUACGAUUAAUGUAAGCAUUAUUGUGUUUACAGUUAUGUGAACACGCAUUACAAUGAUUUGGUAAUGUAAUAUUGGUCGGAAGCAAGGCUGGCUGGCUGCAUGGUCGGCUGCUUGGAUAGUUGGCAAAAUGGUGCUUCGCUGGUGUUAUUUGGCCAAAGCCAUCCAAUUAAAGACCCAAUGCUUUUGGAGUUUUAAUUUGUAUUAUGCUAAUGUAUAUUAGGGUGUAAUGAAUAAAUUUUAUGAUUUUCACAAAAAAAAA